GAUGAAAAGGUCGGUGAAAAAUUUUAAUGGAGAAUCGUUCAUUGACUUUUUAUUGAUAUUUGUUUUUUAUUUUUUUUUCUCGUUUAUUAUAUAAAAUUUUAAAUAAACUGUUAUAUUAUUUUUAAAAAAAUAUAAUAUAAUAAAUAUGAAGUUGAUAAUAAUAUAUGCAUUCACAAUAAUAUGUGUAUUAUACGUGGUGAAUGGAUUACCAAGUCAAAAGAAAAAAGAUUCAAUAUUCAAUGAAAAUGAAAAAAAAUGUGGCUAUGAGAGCUGUCCUGUUCCCAAACCAAAUAUGAUAAAUGUUCAUAUUGUUCCGCAUACACAUGAUGAUGUUGGCUGGUUAAAAACAGUUGAUCAAUAUUAUUAUGGAAGUAAAACGGGUAUACAAAAGGCUGGCGUUCAAUAUAUUAUUGACUCAGUUAUAGAUGAGCUAUUAAGUGAUCCAAAUAAAAAAUUUAUAUAUGUUGAAUCAGCAUUCUUCUUUAAAUGGUGGCAUGAACAAACAGAAGAACAUCGAGAAAAAGUAAAAGAAUUAGUUAAUCAAGGACGUUUAGAAUUUAUUGGUGGCGCUUGGAGUAUGAACGAUGAAGCAACAGCACAUUAUCAAAGUAUUAUUGAUCAAUUUGCAUGGGGUUUAAAACGUUUAGAUGAUACAUUUGGUAAAUGUGGAAGACCACGAAUUGCAUGGCAAAUUGAUCCAUUUGGUCAUUCAAGAGAGCAAGCAUCAAUAUUUGCUCAAAUGGGAUAUGAUGGAUUAUUUUUUGGGCGUUUAGAUGAAGCAGAUAAAUUAAAUCGUUUAAUAACAAAAAAUAUGGAAAUGGUUUGGAAAGCAAAUAAGGAUUUAGGUGAAUCAUCUGAUUUAUUUACUGGUGCACUUUAUAAUCAAUAUCAGCCGCCUCCAGGUUUUUGUUUUGAUAUUUUGUGUGCCGAUGAGCCAAUUAUUGAUGAUGAACAUAGUAAAGAAUUUAACGUUGAUAGAAGGGUAAAUAGUUAUUUCGAUUUUGUUCGAAAACAAGCUGAAAAUUUUCGUACAAAUAAUGUGAUUUUAACAAUGGGCGGCGAUUUUACUUAUAUGAGAGCUGGUUAUUAUUACAAAAAUUUGGAUAAAUUAAUAAAAUAUGGAAAUUUAAAACAAGAAAGAAAUAAUUCAAAUAUAAAUUUAUUCUAUUCUACACCAUCAUGUUAUUUGAAAGCACUUCAUGACAAUGGUACAACUUGGCCAACAAAAUCUGAUGAUUUCUUUCCAUAUGGUUCGGAUCCACAUUCAUAUUGGACUGGUUAUUUUACAUCUAGACCAACAUUAAAACGAUAUGAACGUAUUGGAAAUCACUUUUUACAAGUUUGUAAACAAUUAACAGUAUUAAAUCCAAUUAAACCAAAAAAUCAAAGGGAAACUGAUAUGCAUUUAUCAUUUUUACGUGAAACAAUGGGUAUUAUGCAACAUCAUGAUGCUGUUACAGGUACAGAAAAGCAAAAAGUUGCUGAUGAUUAUGCAAGACGUAUAAAUAUUGGAAUGAAUGCAUGCUCAGUUAUUAUUAAAGAAUUUUUAAGAAAUUUAUUACAACCAGCAGAUGAAAGUUAUGGAGGUCUUCAUAAUUUAUUAAAUAAUGAUAGUGCAAUUGAUAAUGAAAAUGUUACAAAUAAUAAAAAUUUUAAUUCAAUAUCUAAAAAAGAUGAUGAUGAUGAUGAUGAUGAUACUAAAAAAGAAGAUCCAAUACCUGAGGAUAUUAAAUUUGAAUUUGAAAACUGUUUACUUUUAAAUAUUAGUCAAUGUGAUAUAAGUGAAAAUAGGGAGAGAUUUAUUAUAACAAUUUAUAAUCCAUUGGCUCAUGCAAAUGAUGAAUAUAUUAGAGUACCCGUACCAACUCAAUUCUAUUCGGUUCAAGAUUAUAGAAAUAUAAAUAUUCCUUCACAAAUAGUUGAUAUUCCGGAAACUAUUCGAGCAUUAAGAUAUCGUAAAAGUAAUGUUCAAUUUGAAUUGGUAUUCUUAGCUGAACAAGUUCCUCCAAUGGGUUAUAAAUCAUAUUAUAUAACAAGGACUGCUCAGGGGCGACCUCCUACACAAAUAGAACCUAUAGCAGGAAGUUUUAAUAUAAAAAAUAAGUAUUUAAACUUAGAAUUUGGUAAUAAUGGCCUUUUAUCACGUGUUAUUGGAAAUGGUGUUAAUAUUUCAUUAGAACAAGAUUUUCUUUAUUAUAAAGGAUUUAUAGGAGAUAAUAGACAUCCAACUAAUCGAUCAUCCGGUGCAUAUAUAUUCCGACCAAAUGGAACAGAAGCAAUUAAAAUAACAAACAAAGUUGAAACAAAUCUUAUUCAAGGUCAUUUAGUACAAGAAGUUCAUCAAAAAUUUAAUAAAUAUGUAAGUCAGGUGAUACGAUUAUAUGCUGAAGAAAAUAAUAUUGAAUUUGAAUGGUUAGUUGGACCAAUACCAAUUGAGGAUGGUAUUGGAAAAGAAAUAAUAACAAGAUUUAAUAGUACCGAUAUUAAAUCAAAUGGAAUUUUUUAUACUGAUUCAAGUGGACGUCAAAUGAUAAAAAGAGUACGUGAUCAUCGUGAAACAUGGAAUUAUACAGUAACAGAACCUAUUGCCGGGAAUUAUUAUCCGAUAUUAACAAAUAUAGCUUUAGAAGAUAAAAAAACAAGAAUGGCUGUUUUAGUUGAUAGAGCACAAGGUGGUGGAAGUAUAUAUGAUGGCACAUUAGAAAUCAUGGUUCACAGAAGAUUAUUGAAAGAUGAUGCAUUUGGUGUUGGAGAACCUUUAAAUGAAACUGCUUUUGGUGAUGGAUUAAUUUCUAGAGGAAAACAUUAUUUACUUGUAGGACGAUCAGAUUUGAAUCGUGCACCAACAGCAAAAGCUGAAGAAAGAUUUUUACAAAUAAGAAAGCAUUUACCAUUUUGGACGUUCUUUGAUGAUGCCGAAAAUAUAAGUUAUGAUCAAUUUAGAAAUAAUUAUUAUUUAUUGUAUUCUGGAAUUACAUUGUCAUUACCAAAGAAUGUACAUCUUUUAACAUUUGAGCCAUGGCAUGAAAAUGAAAUUUUAGUACGUUUUGAGCAUAUUAUGGAAUCGGACGAUGAUCCUAUAUAUUCGAAACCCGUUACAUUCAAUAUAAAAGAUGUAUUUCGAUAUUUGAAUGUUAAGGAUAUUAAAGAAAUGACAUUAGAUGGAAAUAUGUUAGUAAGUCAGAAAAGUCGUUUGAAAUUUAAAGAAGAUCAACCGAAAAAAUCUUCAAAACAAAAUAUAGAAGAUUUAAUAAAAGUGAUAUUGAAAUCAAAACGGGAGACUGAAAAAGGAAAACCUCUUAGAAAUAUUGUAGAUGUAGAAAAUCCAAGCAAAAAUACAAAUGUUUUACAGAAGGAGAAUGAAGAUCCUUUCCAAAUUACAAUAAAACCCCAAGAAAUUCUAACUUUUAUAUUGACAAGAGAACAGACUGUUUAGAAUUUGUAAAUCCAAAUAAGUUUUAAUAAAAUUUUAUUUUUUUUUUUAUUAUAGUUUUGCAGAAAGGAAUGUUUUAAAAUAAAACUAAACGAAAAAAAUAUAAAAAAAUAUAA